AUGGUAGUGGAUCCGAGGCAGUUGGAGAAGUGUGCACUGGAGACUGACAUUCGAGCACUACUGGGAUUAGAUCGUGACGAGGAUGAGUACGGGCCGCAGGUUGGCGAGGUUGCUAGUCUGUCUAGGUGGUACAGAGGAUUUGGUUUGUUGGGUGUGAGAGCUUUGACUCAUUUGCAGCAGUCUGGUCCGCCAGCUAGAGAGGCUCAGCGUUACCUUCUUUUGCUGCUUGGGUCCACACUGUUCGUAGAUAAGAGUAAGGACCGCGUUUCUGCUGUUGUCAACUUGUUUGUGAAGAGGCCGGAUAUGCUAGGAGAGUAUGCGUGGGGGGCAGGAGCACUUGCUUAUCUGUGCAGGCAGCUUGGUAUUGCCUCCUGGACGGAGGCUAAGGGAGUGGCGGGUUGUCUGACUUUACUACAUUGUUGGAUUUACGACCACUUUCCUACUUUGAGGCCUAGUCGGUUGGAGCGACGAGAGAUGGAGCGGGGGCAGGCAGGAGCAUUCAGGUGGCGCGGUACAGCACCCCGGUCGAGUAAGAAGAGGGAUGCACAGAUGCUGGCUUAUUAUCGGCAGGCGAUUGAUAGUUUGACCCCUCAGUCAGUUUGUUGGACUCCGUAUGGUCAGCGUCCUCAUCUGACGGCGAGACGUAUUUUGUAUCAGGGCUUGCUCAGAUUUGCAGAGAUAGUAGAAUAUUAUGAUCCCACUAGGUGCCUCCGACAGUUAGGCUACGUCAAGGGUGUACCGUAUCGCUUGGAGCGUCCGCUUGUUGUGCGUCGACCUGCUUCCACGCUUGGAUACUCUCUUAGCUACCAGUCUGUUUAUGGUGACCUUCCUUCUCAAGUAUGUGAAUGGUGUACCACCGGAUGCUGA